GGAGGUGUGUGUGUAGUAGUAGUUGUAGAAGCGAGGCAGGCAGCACACGCGGGCACUCACUCUCGCUCCCACAUGUGUAUCGGGCGCUCAGGUGCUUCCCAGAGGGUCUAGUCUGAACUUGAACCCCGACUCUCGGACCCGCAGCAUGGGGUCCCCCCGGAGACCACGACCCUCCAGCGGCAUGGGGUCCCACCGGAGACCCGGGGUGCUGGUCGUGCUCUGCCUGCUGGUCGCCGGCACCGUGGCGGGGCUUGGAGUCUCCGAGUCCCCGGAGGAGGGGACCGGAGCAGCGGGGCUCCCCGGCUGUCCCGCCCGCUGUCAGUGUGAGAUGGACGGGCUGCUGCACCGGCUGGACUGCUCGGACCUGGGACUCAGCGACAUCCCCGCGGACCUCAGCGUCUUCACGUCCUACCUAGAUCUCAGCAUGAACAACUUGACCCGUCUGUCGCCUCAUGCUCUGAGCAGUUUGCACUUUCUGGAGGAGCUGCGCUUGGCGGGAAACGACCUGACGGAGAUCCCAGACGGAGCGUUCUCGGGUCUCCACAACCUCAGAGUGCUGAUGCUGCAGAACAACCAACUUACGUCGGUGCCAGACAACGUGUUUCAGUCUCUCCCCAACCUGCAGUCACUCCGUCUAGAUGCCAAUCAUAUUUCAAGUGUUCCCAUUGGCUCGUUCUCUGGGCUCCAUACUCUUCGCCACCUGUGGCUGGAUGAUAAUUGGCUGAGUGAGGUGCCAGUCAGAGCUCUAAGCGACCUGCCCGCCCUCCAAGCCAUAACAUUGGCUCUGAACCACAUCACUCACAUCCCGGACCACGCCUUCAGCAACCUCAGCAGUCUGGUGGUGCUGCAUCUCAACAACAAUAGGAUCGUUACCAUGGGAACCAGCUGCUUCCAUGGUCUCCACAGUCUGGAGACGCUGGAUUUGAACUACAAUAACCUGGUAGAGUUUCCCAGCGCCAUCAGUUCACUCAGUCACCUCAAAGAGCUUGGUUUCCAUAGCAACAGUAUCCAGUCCAUCCCAGAGCACGCCUUCACAGGAAACCCCUCUCUGAUCACCAUAUUUUUCUACGACAACCCUAUCCAGUCCGUUGGUCGCUCAGCUUUUGAAAACUUACCGGAGCUACGGACACUGUCUCUGAACGGAGCUGCUGAUCUCACAGAGUUCCCAGAUCUGUCAGGAACCCGGAACCUGGAGAGCCUCACCAUAACUGGAGCUCAGAUCGUCUCUCUCCCUCCAUCGGUGUGUGAAGGGCUUUCAAACCUCCGUCUCCUUGACCUGUCGUACAACCAGAUCCGGUCCCUGACAAGCAUGUCUGCCUGUGAGAGCAUCCAGAAAAUUGACCUCCACCACAACCAGAUAGAGGACGUUCUGGAGAACACCUUCCAUGGGCUGAUGUCCCUGGAGUCCAUAGAUUUAUCGUGGAACAAACUUUCCUCUGUGGCUUCGGAAGCCCUUUCUAGUCUGCCAGCGCUGGUGAAGCUUGACCUGUCAUUCAAUCAGCUGUCGUCUUUCCCUCUGACUGGUCUGCAAGGUCUGAGUCACCUGCGAUUGGCCGGAAACUCAGAGCUUAUGGAGUUUAUUCCCAGAGAAAGUCUGCCGAGAGUCAGGGUGGUGGAGCUCCCCUAUGCGUUCCAGUGUUGUGUGUUUGUGUCGUGUGAGAGGAGAGGGGGAGACGGGGGAGAGGGGGAGGCCGUCUCCCCUCGGGAACGACAGGACGUCCCGGUGCGGAGGGAAGACCCGGACUGGGAACAGUUCCUGUUGGACGAUGAGCAGAAGUCUCAACACACAGUGCAGUGCAGCCCGGCCCCAGGUCCGUUCCGACCGUGCCUCAGCCUCUUUGGCAGCUGGCUGAUCCGCAGCGGGGUGUGGCUUAUCACCGCACUGUCAUUGGUCAGCAACGGGCUGGUCAUGCUGUCCGUCUUCCUGUCCCCUUCCUCCUGGGCCACGCCCCCCAAGCUGCUGAUUGGCUGGCUGGCCGUGGUGAACUCCCUGAUGGGGGUCUGGAGCGGCUGGCUGGCCGUGGUGGACGGCUGGACCUUCAGCAGCUUCUGGAGGUACGGGGUCCAGUGGGAGAGGAGCUUCCUGUGCCGGUUCAGUGGCUUCCUUUGCGUGUUCGCCUCUCAGACCGGCCUCUUCCUGCUCACGCUGCUGGCCCUGGAGAGGAGCCUGGCCCGGGCCCCGCCCCCUGGGGAGGCCCCGCCCCCCGGGGAGGCCCCGCCCCCCAAGACCGGCGGCCCCCCGCACAAAAGCAUCAGGAGCAGCAGGGAGCUGGACAUCCCCCCCUCCCCGCCCCCCUUCUCGGUGCGUCUGGCCGUGGGUCUCUGCUUCCUGCUUGGUCUGGCCGUGACCAUGCCCCCCCUGCUGGCGGGCCACAGCGCUACAGCGCUCUGCCUGCCGCUGCCCUCCCCCUCCUCCUCCCCCUCCUCCCUCUCCUCCUCCCCCUCCUCCUCCUCCUCCUCUUCCUCGUUGGCCUUCUGCGUCUCCCUGCUCCUGCUGGAC